UGUACGUGCCGGUGUUAUCCAUUAACAAACGCUAAUUCUGGAAAAAUUCUUGACUGUUGAAUAUUAUGUGCACCGGCAAACUAAACAUUUCCUUUACGGAAUACCAAACAUUUAUUUCCAUCUCGGUACUUACUAAAAUACAACCUCUCAUCUAGGAAUUACUGUAUUGCCUCAGGUUUAAGGAACGUAGGAGUUGGACGACGCGCUGAUAACCUAUGUAACUGCUUGGCACAUUGUCAACGGAUGAUUUCAAUCAAACUAAGCAGAAAAUCAAGAAGACGGAUAGGCGCUCCAAAACAUUGACAAGCUUUGUGUUGAUUACGGAUUACGAUGGCUGCGCUUUGGAGUGUUCUGUCUUUUUUCUUGUUCUUCCAAAUUUAUCAGCUGACUGCCGGACGAAAUGGAGACAAAGUAUUUACCGAAUCCGACCGUGCGACAGUACCCAUGUUUUCCCCGGAGCCGAUGUCCCUGUCCCAGUGUGCACUGCAGUUUACCGCGAACUGCCAACCCGAUUACGAAGGCUACGAUUUCACUACCUGUCCCCUUAUGGCUGGAUUGGAAAUCACCUGCAAUACGAGCGCCACGUCAGACGAAAUUCGGCAAAUGACCAUAUCCAUGGCGAAACCGCCCUUACGUGCAGUUUCCAUCACUUUCUGCGACGGCAACCAAGUAGGCUUUGAGAAUAUCGCACCCGUUCAACGGCAGAUAUUUGAGUUCGCUCUGAUUAAUUGCGUCUCUUCGCGAGCGACCGGCAAAGUGGCAGCGUUAAACUUACCGAACUUGCUGGAAUUCGAUAUAAGAAACUGCCGCGAUUUUGAAGUCGAAAAAGCGGAUUUCGCGUCAUCACGACUAAUUCGGUGGAUCGAAUUUGUUAACACCACAAUACGGGUACUGGAAAAAGGCACGUUUAGUGAUCUGCCUGCUUUGCGUCUGCUGUCUCUGGAAAGCCAGCUGAAUACAUUUAACGAAUUCAGCGGAGAUGUUCGUGAGUACAUUAAACGAAUCCACUGCAGUUGUGAGUUCAAGUGGUUCAGACGAUGGUGGGAUCAGAGGCGCUUACUGCAUCAGGCGCAGGAUUUCUCGGUGUAUCAGAUUCAACCGUUUCAUUUGGGUAAUCCAGCAAGAAACAAGUCCUAUGUUUAUUUGCCGGUUGAUUGUGCGGCCGACAGUUUUCCAGCCGGAACGAAGGCGAUUGAUUUUGCACAAGACGGAUUUUCCAUAAAUGACGAUGCCGAUAACAACAAAUGGAGAGGUCGUUGCAAUGAGGACACGGACAAAGAGGAGUCGUUUCCCCAGAUUUCCAUAGAACCACUUACACCAGAAGAAUGCGCCAUUCAGGUGAUCGCUCUGUGCGGUCAACUUGCAGUUAGCUGCGACAAUGACACGCCAUUGACCUAUGAUAUAUAUGAUGAGAAAAUGUUGAAUCAUUCGACUAACUGCACUCUUGGCAGUACGGCUGACCGCAUCCGCCGCGUGGCCACCGCUAUGAUCAGACUGCCUGUGCGACCUGCGACCUUAGCGCUGUACGACAAAACACCAGUGACCUUUGACGACGUGAAGCUAAUACGGCAGCGAAUUCUCGUGUUUAACCUAGCUGUAUGCAUUAAAGAACGAGCCUCGCAAAAACUGCAGCAUCUGCGUUUAACUAAUCUCAUAGAGUUUGUGUUGUUCAACUGUUCGGAUCUGAUCAUCCAAAAGAGCGAUUUUCAGUUUUCACAAAAAUUAAGGAUCAUUGAGCUGCGGAACACCACGGUGCGUGCGCUCGAAGUGAAUACAUUCAGUGGUCUGCCAGAGCUAAGUGCGCUUUCGUUGGAGAUGUUUUUCAAUCGAUUGCCGGCUUUUGAUCAACGCAUCCGUACUUAUCUGUAUAACCUGCACUGCAGCUGCGAAUUUGCCUGGUACCGAAAAUGGUGGAGUAAUAAUUCAGCGUUACUUCGCGAGGCGGAAUUCGGGGGAAUCUUCCAGCUUGUUAACGCGUAUAUUAGUUUUCCGUUCCAAGGCAAGAACGUAUAUGUUCCCAUCGACUGUGCGCAGGAAGUUCCAUUGGGGCCGGAUUCGGUGAACUGGAACCAAACCGAGUUUUCUCUUAAUGACACCUGCUGAUUCACUUUGUUUUAGUUGUGUUGGAAAGAGACAGCAGACAAAGACUAAAUAGUUAUGGCUUAUUGUUAGAGCUUUGCGCUAAAUCACUGCUCUGGUUUGUUACUCGUAGCAGCUGUGCAGUCUUCAUGGCGCCAUUAAUCUUUCUGUCAUUACUCAAAAACAGGAAGUGCGUUCUUAAUAGUUCCGGAAUGUGCGGCACAAGCAUGAAUAACAUAAA